AGAGAGAGAGACUGAGAGAGAGAAAUGGCGGACGAAGAAGAAGCAGAGCUUAGCGAGAAGCAGAAGAAAGAAAUAGCAAAGUGGUUCCUUCUCAACUCUCCUCCAGGAGAAAUCCAAUUCGUUGCCAAAGAUGUGAAGGCGGUACUGAACGACGACGUUUUGUACGAGGAGGCUGCGUCAGAGGCAUUCCCACUGUAUAACAAAUCCCACUUGAUUUCCCUCGAAAUGCCCGGUCGAAUUGGAGACGUUAUAGUUACAUCAUUUGGACAGCUGAAUGAGACUGAGUUCAUUGAUCCCAGGACUGCUCAAGUUGCUAUAGUUAACCACAUCAAACAGGUUUGUACAGAGGUGAGACCUGCUCUGGAUGAGGAACUUCCAUCAGCAUAUGUUGAGGAAUUUCGGUGUGCUCUCGAUGCAGAAAUGCUUAAAUAUGUUGAUGAAGCUUAUCCAAAGGGAAUUUGCUCAGUGUACUGUGGCAAUGGUAAAGAUGUAGAGGGCCCAGGAUCUGACUUUGAGCUUGUAGUGGUGAUUUCAGCUGCUAGACAUAGCCCACAAAAUUUCUGCAACGGUAGUUGGCGCUCGGUAUGGAACAUUGAGUUCAAAGAUGAAUUACAAAUGCUGGAAUUGAGCGGCAAGCUGCAGGUGGGUGCGCACUAUUUUGAGGAGGGAAAUGUGCAAUUAGAUGCAAAACAUGAAUGCAAAGAUACAACAAUUUUUCAGUCCUCUGAAGAUAGUGCAAUUGCCAUAGGCAACAUUAUUCGCCAACAUGAGACAGAGUACUUGUCAUCUCUCGAGGAAUCCUAUUCAAACUUGCCUGAUACCACUUUCAAGGAUCUUCGAAGAAAGCUUCCAGUUACCCGCACCUUAUUUCCAUGGCAAAAUACGUUGCAGUUCAGCUUGACAAGAGACAUUACAAAAGAACUUGGCAUCGGAAAGUGAAUUCCGCCUGUUCAACUGAAAGAACGAGUUUCUUCCCAUCUAGACCCAUAGCUUGAGUAUGCCAGUCAUACUUAGCGCUGACUAUCUGUCGUUCCAUUUUCUCGUUUCCAUUCUGAGUCAUGUCCUUUGCCAUUGAAGCUUCUUUCCCUCAGUUUUGGUGCUUGUAAUAUAAUUGUUAUUUAUGUCGUAAAUAGUAAAAGGGUUGUGGCUGAUUCUCGUUGUGUUAUAAACUUGUAACUACUGAAGCUGUCGAGGAGUUUGUAAUUUUAUGUAUUCUGAGGAGUGGCUUAAUUUGUGCCUUUUCUUUCUACAAAGUGGAGAUUUAAAUUAGAUAAGUUUGUGA